UUGGGGUAGUUCGGGGAAGCGCGCGGCGUCAUUCCGCGCUCCCUUGGCUCCGCCCCCCGACACUCCCUUCGUCACGCGCUCCCCUCCCCCUUCCGCCCUGCUGCCUUGUCACCAGCUGAGGAAGCUCAGCGGGACCAUGGCUGGCCAGCAGGACAAGGCUGCCUUAAUCAGCGAAGCCAGACGGCGCUUUGAGACUGAAUAUCUGCCAGAUAAAUCAGAUAAAUAUGAUUCCAGAGAUGUGGAAAGAUUGCAGCAAGAUGAUAAUUGGAUUGAAAAUUAUUUGAUUUGGCGUCAUGAUGUUAUGGAUGAUACACUGAAGAUGAUUGAUGAAAGCUUUCAGUGGAGGAAAGAAUACAUGGUCAAUGAUUUGUCUGAAUCUGCCCUUCCAAAAUGGUUAUUUGAAAAUGGUGCUCUUUAUCUGCAUGGAUAUGAUAAAGAGGGCUACAAGUUAUUCUGGUUCAGGGUGAAGUUUCAUACAAAAGAUCCUAAACUGCAGUUUGAAAAAAAGAAGUUUGUAGCCUUUUGGUUAGAGCAUUAUGCCAGGAGAGAUCAUGGAAAGCCUUUAACAGUGGUGUUUGACAUGGCUGAAACUGGACUCAGUCACAUAGACUUGGACUUCAUUCGGUUCAUCAUCAACUGUUUUAAAGUUUAUUAUCCUAAUUACCUCUCAAAGAUAGUGAUCUUUGAAAUGCCAUGGAUAAUGAAUGCUGCUUUUAAAAUUGUGAAGGGUUGGCUUGGUCCAGAUGCGAUAAGCAUGUUGAAGUUUACAAACAAGAAUGAAGUGCAGGAAUACAUCAGUGUAGAGUAUCUGCCUGCCUACAUGGGUGGAAUUGAUACUUUCAAGUACAGUUACCCUCCAUUGGUUGAUGAUGAUUUUCAAACUCCAUUAUGUGAAAAUGGACCUAUUACUACUGAAGAUGAAACUGAAAGUAAAGAAGAGAUGGAAGCAGACAGCAAGGAGGCUGGAGAAUUCAGUGAAGAGCAAAUUCUCAAUGCGAAAAAGGUAUGUUCUGUAGAACAAAUUUCCAAACCAGAAGAGAAUGACAAAACAGAUUCCAAAACAAAAAAUGCAAAGAAAGCGUUAACCAUUUUUAAAGGACCAUUAUUACAUAUAAGUCCGGCAGAAGAGCUGUUUUUUGGAUCCAAAGAAAUUGGAGAGAAAAAAUGCUUGAUAGUUCUGACAAAUGUGACUAAAAAUGUAGUGGCCUUUAAGGUGAGAACAACUGCUCCUGACAAGUAUAGAGUUAAACCAAGUAAUAGUAGCUGUGAACCUGGUACAUCAAUAGACAUAGUAGUAUCCCUCCAUGGUGGUUUUGCCGCUUCCCUGCAGGACCGUUUCCUGAUAAUGGCAGCAGAAAUGGACCAGGCUUCUGCAGCAGGUGUACCAGAAUUAGCUCAGUUUUGGAAAGAAGUCCCUAGAAACAAAGUGAUGGAACUUAGGUUAAGAUGUCAUGUUGUAGAAAGUAGCAAGCCUUCUACUCUGACAUUAAAAGAGAAUUCAUUUAAUAUUCCUACAAAAACCAAUGAAGAUUUACACUUACAGCUAACUCAAUUAUUACAGGUUAAUAGAAGGCUUCAAGAGCAGAUUGAUUGCUGUGUCUGGUUCCAGCAGCUAAUAGUUGUAUUAGCAUUGUUCUUAGUUGCUAUUGCUGCCUUUUGCUUCUACGUGUUGUACACUCAGAGAUGCUAAACAGCAAUGCUUUGCAUUACCCCUGCUGGCUGUGUUAAUCGGUUUGAAAGGAGAGAGAAUCCAAUGCUGCUCCAUUAAACCCUGAAACUACCAAAAACGAGAGAGGUCUGUGCUGUAAAGUACAAAGCUGAGUCAUACUAUUUGCUGUUAAAAGAAGAAACGAAAGACCAACAAGAGUUCAGAAAUUUACUGAAACUGUCUUGAUGCUUACAGUACAGAAAAAAGAAGAUAUUAAAAGAGCUAGGAGCUAUGUUCACUGGACAAGUUACUGAAUAUUACCAAACAGAAAAGAUGAGUAAAUGUAACAAUAUACCGUAACUUUAAAACUGCAUAGAAUAUAUUAUUUUUCUCUUUUUGGUUGAAGUACUUUGAAUGUCACCUUUUUAGUUUCAUUCAUUCUCAUGCGUACAGGAUAUACUAAAAGGUGCAAGCAGGCUGCUUAAAUUUAUUUAAAAAAAUAACUUUUUUUUUUUUAACAGAAUUGUUAUAUAGUACAGGUUAGAUUUUUCUUACAUGAUGUGUGUAUGUACAUAAUGUAUAUGAAAAUAGGGAGACAUGGCCCUAUAGUACACAGUAGUUAAAUGGUGAUUCUUUUUGAAAUUCAGGAACAGCAUUCUUAUCAUGGUUAAGUCUUUAUUUUUGUUUUUUUCUGAAUGUAAAACUAUUGUAUAAAUAUUUCAUGCCAAAUAGUAUACACAGUACAUCAGUUUGUAGCCGUAUUCCCCAGAAAAAAUGCCUGCCAUAAUUCUGAAGAAAUUUGAUAAAAAUACGUCUUUUGAGAUGCUGUCUUAAUUAAUUAUAGAUAUUUUGUUUUAUUAAAUUUUCCUACUUUAAUGUUUACUAAUUUCACGUUGUUGUGGAAGGAACUCUUUAUACGAACUUCAAAGCAACUUGCUGUUAAGUAGGUCAGCAAUAGUCAACUGCAUGAUUCAUAUAAAAGCUAAAAAUCAAUGUAAGAAACAUUUCUGAGAAAUGUGCAAUCAUUCAGUCAUGCAUGAAUAUUUGGAGGAAACAAGCCAGAUCAGGAAAAGAUUGAGUAUAUUAGACAGACUAUGAAAAAUAUAGUAUCUGCUGCUUCUUUGAAAGCAUUUUAGGAAUGGUAUAUAAAACGAGUGAGAAUUUAUUCUAGCAAAGAUUCUUUGUACUCAUUUCUGUAAAUAUUUAUAUUGAAAUGAUCUAAAAAUGUAAAGCCUAAAAGGAGACAUGGUAUCUUUCAUAAAUUUUUAAGGGUCUUCCCCCCCCCACCUUUUUUUUUUUUUUUUUUUUGACUGACCAUUUAUAAUAAAUGCUUGAAACUUAAAACUGAAAUCUGGUUCUUGUUUUCACCACAAAUUGGCUUGUCUAUAUAAGUCUCUUUAUUAGUGCUGGGCCCGAUGGCUUUGAUUUUUUUAAAUCAAUUAGAAAAGAUCAUUGCAGAGUUCAUGUUAUAUUUUGAAUGUACUGUUCCCCCCC